GAGAGAGAGAGGGGAAGUGAAGCCUUCAGGCUUUAAACUGCCCCUUGACUCCACUCACAUCCGAUUAGAGGUCCAGAGGACGACUGCAUGGAAACAGAGUGAACAUCUUCUUGUUAAUGUGGGAUGGAUUUCGUCAACUCCACCCCUCUGACCAGCAACCGAUCAGACUUCAGCAGUGUCUUUACCCAUCAGGUGCUGCCUCCGCUUUACUUUGUGAUCUGUGUUGUGGGCCUGUGCCUGAAUGGGGUUUCCGCCUGGAUCUUCUUCAGAGUGCCCAGUGACUCCGGUCUGGUGGUCUACCUGAAGAACAUGGUGGUGGCUGACCUCCUCAUGCUCGCCACCUUCCCCUUCAAGCUGGCCACUCAGCUGGGUCUGGGAGGCUGGCGCCUCCAUGUGGUCAUCUGUCGCUACACUGCCGUGCUCUUCUACUCCUCCAUGUAUGUGGGUAUCGUCUUCAUGGGCCUCAUCAGCCUUGAGCGCUAUGUCAAGAUUUUCCGUCACACCUCCUCGCCCUCCUCAUCCUCCUGCAGGUCCAGGUUGGGUGGCGUGUCUGCACUGCACCUCCUGCAGAGUGUUGUGUUUGCUCGGGUGCUGGCGUUCCUCACCUGGAGCCUGCUCCUCCUCUGUGUGCUGCCCAACGUUGUGCUGACCAGCCAACCAGCCAAUGAGGAGAACUCCCGCCACUGCAUGAACCUCAAGACACCACUAGGUAAGCAGUGGCACAAGUGGUCUACAUUCUUCAAUGUGUCCCUGUUCUGGGUGACACUGGUGGUCCUUGCCUUCUGCUACACCUCCAUCGCCCACAGGGUUUACCAGUCGUACCGCCGCGUGAGGCGCAACAACAGCGACGUCUGCCGCAAAUCCAACCGCAGCAUCUUCAGCAUCCUGGUGGUGUUCUUUGUCUGCUUUGUGCCGUACCAUGUCUGCCGACUGCCAUACACCCUAAGCCAGAUGUCAGGAUCGAGCUUCACUUGGUACACUCGCUUCCUGCUGUUUCAGCUGAAGGAGGGGACACUCUUCCUGUCUGCCCUCAACGUCUGCCUCGACCCCAUAAUCUACGUCCUGAUGUGUCGUACGUUCAGGGAGUCACUGCUGAAGAAACUGCCGGGGGGAGAGAGGAGGCCAUCCCUGACCACUGGCCACAGUCUGAGCAACAUUUAGGAGAGAGGAGACAAGAAACAAGAGAGGAGGAAGUCCUUGACCACCACCUAGGGUCUCAGCAACAUUUAGGAGAGAAGAGACAAGGAAAUUCAAGUUUUUUUUUAACCACAGUCAUUGCUUAUGUCUUCGUCCUUUUACGAAGUGUAGACAUUCAGACUUUGGGCUGACAGUGAUUUCUUACUGUGGAGAGGAGAAGUCAGCAGUGAAUGUUUCAAAAGUCGUACAGGAAGUUGUCAGGAAGUUAAUUUCAUCGUUUAUCUGACUCACAUUCACCAAAAACACAUAAGAACACCAUCAAGUGCCAUAUCUGCAUCAUUCACAAAAAAUGUGGAAAAUGUAUACACAUAUAAUGUUUAAUUUUGUUUAUAUUGUUUAGAUGUUUACUGUGCAAGGGGGUGUGGCGGUGUUUUAUUUAUUGAAACAAUGAAAAUAGGAGGAAAAUAAAAGUUAAAAGGGAGGCUGAUGCCAAAGUCUGACCUUUGCUGAUGUGGAAGUGAAAGUGGACAGUGAUGACUGCGCAUCAAACCUGUGGUGUCCACUUCUUCUCCUGCCUCAUGCCGCUGUAGUAGCCAUUUUCUGCAGCCAGCUGGUUUGGUUUUGUGGCUGUGAGAGAUCACAUGAUUUGCUUUUGUCUCCACAGCUUCAGGCUUAAAUGACGCACCGAACAGGCAAGAUUUUGCAGAAUAAUCAACCUUGAUUUUUACCUGGACUAGAGACCUCACAUGAAAAUGAACAAGUUUAGUGCAGAGCCACACAUUUAUCAUGACAUCAUGACAUAAUGGCUGCUCCCUCCCGGCAAAAAAAGGUUUAACUGCAACUGCUUUUUAAAGCAAAUGGCACAUCUAGUAGAAUGUCAAGUUUGAUUGUUGGGCUAAAUCUCCUCUAAAAAUAAAAACUUACCACAGUCAUAUUGUUUGGUGCUUCAUCUCCACACAGGUCCAGUGUGUAGAAUUUAAGGGGACUGUAUGAAAAAACAG